AUGGCUUAUUCAGGGAAAGAUAACUAUAGAAUGAAAAGUUAUAAGAAUAAAGCCCUAAAUCCCCAAGAGAUGCGUAGACGAAGAGAAGAAGAAGGAAUACAGCUCCGAAAACAAAAAAGGGAAGAACAGCUGUUUAAACGCAGAAAUGUCUCUUUGCCCAGAAGUGAUGAAUCUAUGCCAGAAAGUCCUAUCCAGGAUCCAGAUAUCAGUUCCACUGUACCCAUUCCAGAGGACGAUGUUAUUACCGCAGAUAUGGUUCAGAUGAUUUUUUCUAAUAAUGCUGAUCAACAACUAACAGCGACACAGAAAUUUAGAAAGCUGCUUUCUAAAGAACCUAAUCCACCAAUUGAUCAAGUUAUUCAGAAACCAGGAGUUGUACAGAGAUUUGUGAAAUUUCUUGAAAGAAAUGAAAAUUGUACUUUACAAUUUGAGGCUGCAUGGGCAUUAACUAAUAUAGCAUCUGGAACUUUUCUGCAUACCAAGGUAGUGAUUGAAACAGGGGCUGUUCCAAUUUUUAUCAAACUUCUAAAUUCAGAGCAUGAAGAUGUUCAAGAACAGGCUGUUUGGGCACUUGGUAAUAUUGCUGGUGACAAUGCAGAAUGCAGAGAUUUUGUUUUGAACUGUGAAAUACUUCCACCUCUUUUAGAGUUAUUAACAAAUUCAAACAGACUUACAACAACCAGAAAUGCUGUAUGGGCCCUCUCAAAUUUAUGUAGAGGCAAAAACCCUCCUCCAAACUUUAGUAAGGUUUCACCUUGCUUAAAUGUCCUGUCACGAUUGUUGUUUAGCAGUGACUCAGAUGUAUUAGCAGAUGUGUGUUGGGCCCUUUCUUAUCUCUCUGAUGGACCCAACGAUAAAAUUCAAGCAGUCAUCGAUUCUGGAGUCUGUCGAAGAUUGGUGGAACUUUUGAUGCACAAUGAUUAUAAAGUUGUAUCACCUGCAUUAAGAGCAGUUGGUAAUAUUGUGACUGGUGAUGAUAUUCAAACACAGGUGAUUUUGAAUUGCUCUGCAUUACCCUGCCUCUUACACUUACUGAGUAGCCCAAAGGAAUCAAUCAGGAAAGAAGCCUGUUGGACUGUUUCUAACAUUACUGCUGGAAAUAGAGCUCAGAUUCAGUCAGUUAUAGAUGCAAAUAUUUUUCCUGUUUUGAUUGAGAUUCUUCAGAAAGCAGAGUUUCGCACCAGAAAAGAAGCAGCUUGGGCUAUAACUAAUGCAACAUCUGGAGGCACCCCAGAACAAAUAAAGUAUUUGGUAGCUUUAGGCUGCAUUAAACCACUUUGUGACCUAUUGACUGUUAUGGACUCUAAGAUAGUCCAAGUGGCUUUAAAUGGACUUGAAAAUAUUUUACGUCUUGGAGAACAAGAAUCUAAGCAGAAUGGGAUGGGUGUUAAUCCCUACUGCUCUCUCAUUGAAGAAGCAUAUGGUCUAGAUAAAAUUGAAUUUCUACAAAGCCAUGAAAAUCAAGAAAUUUACCAAAAGGCUUUUGAUCUGAUUGAACAUUACUUUGGUGAAGAAGACGACGACCCCACCAUUGUACCUCAGGUGGAUGAAAACCAACAACAGUUUGUAUUUCAGCAGCAGGAAGCACCAAUGGAAGGGUUUCAACUUUAACUCGGUGGAGGAAAGAAUUCACGGCUAAAAAGGUGUCAUUUUGUUCUCUUAGUGGUAGCACCGGAACAAGAAAGCAAGAAAAAUAAAAAAUAAAAAAAAUCUAUAAUAAUAAAAGUGUAAUAUGCUAAUUAGACUGGACAGCCGAACGACCUUCCGGACGAAGCAGGAGCUGCGAGGGCCGAGACAAGCCACUGCGGCUGCGAGGGUCGAGCCCCUUGCAUGAAUUUCAUGCAUCGGGCCUCUAGUAAUAAUAAUAAAAUAAAACCUGCUGGCAUAGAAAUAACAUAUCAUUUGGUAACUAUAAAACCUAUUUGCAGUUAAAGCUUGAUUUGUUUGAUAAAGGACUAAAAGAAGCAUUACCUUUGCCUUCAUAUUUUUCUUCUCUUAAGGAACAUUAUGGAAAAAAUAUUAUAAAAGUCUUAGUGGAUUUUGGUUGCUAUUCUAAAUUCAGCAAUUUGCUGGCUGCUUUGUGAAACUGAAAUCCAAGUAUUGUUAACCUUUAUUAAUUUUAGUUCAUAGCAUUGUUGUUUUAUGUAAUGUGACAUAUUAGGAGCCAUUGUGCUAGGCUCUAAAAGGGUAAUACAUCUUUUAAGUUCUGAUUGGGGAGUGGGAUGAGGCAGGGAUAUUGUUACCUAACUAAAUAAACCAACAUUUGAGCAGUAUGCAAUAUUAUGAAAUGU